GGCAGAUAAAAACACCAUCCCACGAUCGCAAAAUAAAGAAAGGUAGGCAAUCUCCAUGGAAUCUGGUGGAUACCAUUCGAUAUUUCUUGGUAUUUCCAUUUCUUGAUUGAAUACAUCUUUGAAUUAUAAUGAGAAAAUCUAACUUUCCAAAAGAAUAGUUCUAUACAAGAUCACCAAAAUGAAUUGCUAAAGAAUUUUAGCUUAAUGCAAACUGCAUUUUAUUACAUCCACUUAUUUAAGCUCGUUUCCGUAAAGUCCUUGUUUUUCUUUAAUUUUGACAUAUUUAUUUUCCUUUUUAGAUAACCCUAAAUAAACUACAUUCAAUGUUACAAUAUUAUGUUUUAUAUGACGAUAUUGUUCAAAUAUAUAAACCUAACGUACGUGGCAUGUUUUAUACCACAAUAUAUCUAAAAAUUUAGUUUUAUGAUCUUAAAAUUAUAUUGCUUGAUACGCUACUGGUCGCAACCUAAACACUAACGCCUACAUAAGCCGCCAACCAUUCAACUAAAAUCUUUGUCGGAACAAGAAAAAAAAGAAAGUCGAAAAAAAAACAGUGAAAAUGGUAAGCAAAAAUCUUACGACGACGUUGCUCCUCUUCACCACCUUUCUCUUCAUUUCCGGAUCAAUCUCAGCCGUUCACUCCUCUCCACGACUUAACGCAACGACCAAAGAUCUAGAGUUCGUCCGAACAAGCUGCAACGUCACUCAAUAUCCAGACCUCUGCUUCAAGUCUCUCGCGGGCUACGCCUCCACCGUUCAAGAAAACCCGGCGAGGCUAACCAAAAUCUCAGUCGAUGUUGCGAUUUUAAAAGCUAAAUCAACGGUUGUGUUUCUUUCCAGACUCUCGCGGUCCGCACCCGAAGUCAAAAACUGUGUUUCUUACGUAAGAUACGCAUUAGACUCAAUGAGAGAUGAUUGUCUCCCAAUACUACGAAACAUUAUACGUGGAGGCGGCGUCGCGGCGGCUCCGUCACCGGCUGCUCCCCCGUCCUCGGAGGUGUUUAGUAAUCAGAUGGAUGACGUGAUUACGUAUAUGAGUACAGUGAUUACGUUUGAGGAAACGUGUACGGACGAAUAUGAAGAUGAAGAAGGAAAGGUCAAGACUGUUGUUUGUGAUCGGGUGAACAAACUGAAAAUGUUUUCUAGUAUUGCUCUUUCACUUGCGAACAGUUUAGCCAAGAAUGGAUCUUCUCCAUGAGAUUAGAUUAUGAAUAUUUUUAAUUUUUAAUUUUAUCGGUUCGUCGGAUAAUUUGUUCUUAUAUUGUUUAAGGUUUCUUUUGAUAAAUUAAUAUAUUAUCGGUUUUAAUAUUAAAAUUGUCAUUGUUGUGUGUAAAAUUUGAGUUGUUACUUCUAAAAUAUAGUGGGUUCUAUUGAAGCCCACAUGAGAAGCCCAGUUUCUGAUCCAAUAAGUAGUCUUAGUGAACCAUGUAACUAGGGUUUAUAAGUCUAUAUAUAUGUCGUUAGUGUCCUCAUCAAUGUAACAUUGGUUGCCAUAGUUGAAGCCAUUUUAAACUCCUUUUAUAAUAUCAAUCAUUAUACUUAGCUCU